GGGCAAGGGUGCUGCCGCCGAUGCCGCCCUUGCUAAGGCCAAGGCUGUCCAAACGGCCGAUUCUAACUCCUCCGCCUCUCAGGCCGAUCGUCGCACGGUGGAGGCAGAAUAACAUCUUAUCGCCACAGUGAUGGCGCAGGGGUCCCAGGCCCCGAAUGCUGAUUCUGGCGUCCCUGAGGUGGUGGCGCCCCUGCAGACCGUCCAUCCCCAAGGCGGGGAAAAAGUGAAGGAUAAGAAGGCGAAGAGGCCUCGGGGGGCCAGCUCUUCGGCCCUCGACGAACAAGAAAUGGUCCUUCCUCUCCUAGGACGUCCGGCUCAUGACGUCUGGCAGGAAGUUGCCUCAUUGGCUGGGGUGGAGGUGCCUCCCCGAACGUCUUCGGAGGCUUCAAACGCGGCUCUGGCCGCCGCUCUUCAGGUCGGGCUAUCCGUGCUGCAAGCCGAGGCCGCGAGGGACGCUGAGGCCCUCCAGGCUAAAAACAAGGCGGAUGCCGCUUUGAAGAAGGCAAGGGAGGCCGUCCGUCACCAGGAGAAGGAGGUAGCUGCCAAGGAGAAGGAGCUACAGGCCGCCCUGAAGGCGGCUCGGGAGUCUGCUGAACGGGUGGCCGCGUAUGAGAAGGCCGGGUUCACGCUCGUCCCGGUUCUUCUUGCCCCCAAGGAUGGGCCUUCCGAAUGGCUCGUCGAUACCUCUGGGUAUGAGAACACUG